GCGCGAGAGCUAGCUGCCGCCCCACCUGCUGCAGGGCGCCGGGCCCCGCCCCCCAGGCGCGCGGGCCAAUGGGCUGGGCGCCAGGGGGCGGGACGAGGCCGGGCUGGAGGAGCGAGGACAGGGGGUGGGGCGGUGGCGGCCGGCGCGGUGGUGCCUGUAGCUGCAGGGGUGGCGGCGGCGGCUUGGCCGGGCGUCCGCGGGCCGUGGGGGAUGGGGUCGACGAGCUCCAGCCCUCAGCGGGGGCAGCGGCCGUGAGUGUAGCGCGGGCUUCCGCGUCCGGGACGCGAGAUGGAGCACCGCGGAUUUCAGUUUUUCUGACUGUUAUAUGAAAGGAUGAUUGCUCACAAACAGAAAAAGACAAAGAAAAAACGUGUUUUGUCAUCAGGCCAGCUAUCUACUGAUGUUACAACUUCUGAAAUGGGGCUCAAGUCUUUAAGUUCCAACUCCAUUUUUGAUCCGGAUUACAUCAAGGAGUUGGUGAAUGAUAUCAGGAAGUUCUCCCAUAUGCUAUUAUAUUUGAAAGAAGCUAUUCUUUCAGACUGUUUUAAAGAAGUCAUUCAUAUACGUCUGGACGAACUUCUCCGUGUUUUAAAGUCUGUAAUGAAUAAACAUCAGAACCUCAAUUCUGUUGAUCUUCAGAAUGCUGCAGAAAUGCUUACUGCAAAAGUGAAAGCUGUGAACUUCACAGAAGUUAAUGAAGAAAACAAAAACGACCUCUUCAGAGAAGUCUUUUCUUCCAUUGAAACGUUGGCCUUUACCUUUGGGAAUAUCCUGACAAACUUCCUUAUGGGAGAUGUGGGCAAUGAAUCAUUAUUGCGACUGCCAGUUUCUCGGGAAAGUAAGUCUUUUGAAAAUGUUUCUGUGGAAUCAGUGGACUCAUCCAAUGAAAAAGGAAGUUUUUCUCCUGUAGAACUAGACAGCAUGCUGUUAAAGAGAACUGACUGUAUAGAAUUGGCUUUGUCGUAUGCUAAAACAUGGUCAAAAUACACCAAGAACAUAGUGUCAUGGGUUGAAAAAAAGCUUAAUUUGGAAUUGGAGUCCACUAGAAAUAUCGUCAAGUUGGCAGAGGCAACUAGAGCUAGCAUUGAACUAGAGGAAUUUAUGCCACUGCAGUCUCUUUUUACCAAUGCUCUUCUUAAUGAUGUGGAGAGCAGUCAUCUUUUACAACAAACAAUUACAGCUCUGCAAGCCAACAAAUUUGUACAGCCUCUACUUGGGAGGAAAAAUGAAAUGGAAAAACAAAGGAAAGAAAUAAAAGAACUUUGGAAACAGGAACAAAAUAAAAUGCUUGAAACAGAGACUGCUCUGAAAAAGGCAAAAUUGUCAUGCACGCAACGUCAAGAAGAGUAUGAGAAAGCAAAAUCUUCCAUGAUUCGUGCAGAAGAAGAGCAUCUCAGCUCAAGUGGUGGAUUAGUAAAAAACCUCAACAAGCAGCUAGAAAAAAAGCGAAGGCUGGAAGAGGAGGCCCUUCAAAAAGUAGAAGAAGCAAAUGAACUCUACAAAGUUUGCGUAACAAAUGUUGAAGAAAGACGAAAUGAUCUAGAAAACACUAAAAGAGAAAUUUUAGCACAACUCCGGAAACUUGUUUUCCAGUGUGAUCUUACCCUCAAAGCUGUAAGACCCAAUUCCCUUGGAACAUGUAAGAAAACAUUGAUGUCAAAGGCAGCUCUCACCCACAAGUUUCGCAAAUUGAGAUCCCCCACGAAAUGCAGGGAUUGUGAAAGCAUUGUAGUCUUCCCAGGUGUUGAAUGUGAAGAGUGUCUCCUUGUUUGUCACCGAAAGUGUUUGGAAAAUUUAGUCAUCAUUUGUGGUCAUCAAAAACUUCUGGGGAAAAUACACUUAUUUGGAGCAGAAUUUGCACAAGUUGCAAAAAAGGAACCAGAUGGCAUCCCUUUUAUACUCAAAAUAUGUGCCUCAGAGAUUGAAAAUAGAGCCUUGUGUCUACAGGGAAUUUAUCGUGUAUGUGGAAACAAAAUAAAAACUGAAAAACUUUGUCAAGCUUUGGAAAAUGGAAUGCACUUGGUAGACAUUUCAGAAUUUAGCUCACAUGACAUCUGUGACGUCUUAAAAUUAUACCUUCGACAGCUUCCAGAACCAUUUAUUUUAUUCCGAUUGUACAAGGAAUUUAUAGACCUUGCAAAAGAGAUUCAACGUGUAAAUGAAGAACAAGAGACAAAAAAGGAUAGCCACGAGGACAAAAAAUGGCCGACCUGUAUAGAAAUAAACCGAAUUCUUCUAAAAAGCAAGGACCUUCUAAGACAAUUACCAGCAUCAAAUUUUAACAGUCUUCAUUACCUCAUAGUACAUCUUAAGCGGGUCGUAGAUCAUGCAGAAGAAAACAAGAUGAACUCCAAAAACUUGGGGGUGAUAUUUGGACCAAGUCUUAUUAGGCCAAGGCCCACAACUGCUCCUAUCACCAUCUCCUCUCUUGCUGAAUACUCCAAUCAAGCACGGUUGGUAGAGUUCCUGAUUACUUACUCACAGAAAAUCUUUGAUGGGUCCCUACAGCCACAAGAUGUAGUUGGGUGUAGUACAGGUGGUGUUGCACCUCAGAUUGAUCAAAGCUGUCUUCUGAAGCCUCCGUUAUCACCAGAAGAAAGAGAACCAGAACGCUACAUGAAGUCACUAUUUUUCUCUUCAAAGGAAGAUAUCCAGAUGGCAGAUAGUGAAAGCAAAAUUAUUGAACCAGCUACAUCAUUUGAGGAAUCAGAACGAAAGCAGAAUGCAUUAGAAAAAUAUGAUGCAUGUCUCAUUGACAACAAAGUGCAUUUGCUUGUAGACCACGAGCUUGAAUCAGCAUCACAAAAGAUGGAAGAUGUUUGUAAAACCUCCAAGCCACUUCCUCUGAAAUUCAAUAGGGAAACAAACAGCAUUGUUGAGAGGUAUACCCCAAGGACCAAGAUUAGACCUGCCAGUUUGCCUGUAGAUAGACUGCUUCUUGCAAGCCCUCCUUAUGAGAGAAAUGGCAGAAAUAUGGGGAGUGUAAAUUCAGACAAGUUUUACAAGAGUCCUACCUUUGAAGGAGUUUAUAGAAAAGACACCCCUACUAUUUGUUGCAAAUUUGACAACUUUGACCAGCAAACUCUACAGAAAAUUCGGGAGAAACUGUGUGAACAAAAUGACCUCUCCGCAAAGACUACAGCGAUUGUGCCCAGUGCACUCCAGGAGGAAGGAGUGAUAACCAGCCUCAGGAUUGGUGGGGACCAUCCACUCAGUGCCACCCAGCCCAGUAAGCCAUACACAGAACCAGGCAUGUCAGCAAGACAGGUGUCAGAGAGACGGUCCUCUGACUCGUGCCCUCCUGCUCCUGUCAGAGCACCCAGAACACUGCAGCCCCAGCACUGGACAACGUUUUAUAAACCACGUGCUCCCGCGGGUAGUGCGAGAGUAGCUGAGGAGAAACCUACAGCAUCCCCCCUAGGAGUGCCUCCUGGCACAGCUCACACUCCUCAGGGGCAUGCGCUAAAAUCAAUUCCGGACUCCGAAAACGCACUGGCAUGUCCCGUGCAGCCAGUUAGUAAGCCUAAAGAGAACUCUGAGGAGCAGGACUUGCCUGAUGUGCAUCCAACGUGUCAGAGACCCAGGCUUAAACGAAUGCAGCAAUUUGAAGACCUUGAAGAUGAAAUCCCACAGUUUGUAUAAGGUUUUCAAAAUUCAGCUUUUCUUUUUUAAUUGUUUUGUGGUAUAUUGUGUUUGUUUUGUGAAAGAAUUUUUGACAGGGCCCCUUUUGUAUAGGAUUGCCAAAUUGUGGAUUUUGCUUUUUGUCAUUGUAUUGUGUUAUCCUGUAGAAUGUUAUCCAAUGGUAGAAUGUUUUGAUAGGGCCACAUCUGUGCCUCACUGGAAUUACCUGUAUUUCUGAACUUGUGAAUAAGUAGGUGGACUCAUAUUUUUUAAAGUUUAGUUGAUUUGCCUCAUAAAAUGGUCCAUUUAAAUGCAUCCCUAAUAUAUAGUUCUCAACUAAUAGGUGCAAUUGGGAAAAAUCAGCUUUAUUUUUUUGAACUGAAACUAUGCUUAUUUAUAAAAGGAAUGUUUCUGAAUGCAAGUGCCUAAAAGAUCUUUGUUUAGUAUGAUUGUUUUUUUCACACAAUUUUAUAGUGCAUCUUUGACUGUUGUGCUUUUCUGAUUAUGUAUGUAAGGUUUUUUUUUCCAAUUGGCAAUUUAUUAAUAUUUACAUGAUGACCAAAAGGCUUGCAAAUCUGUAUUUAAUUGCAUUUUAAUUGCCAGAUUUUACAUGUGAUAAUCAGUUGAAUUGUACAAAGAAAAUGCACUUAAACCUGUUUCUAAAUUAUAUAGUUCAGUUUUAUCUUACUUGGCUUUAGAUGGUUUUAAUACAUUUAAUAGUUUUUCACCUCUUGGCUUUGUUCUACAUAAACUUUUGUUGUUCAACAGUGCUGAACCUUUUGGUAUUUUAUAUAAUGGUCCAAAAAAAAUGUUUUAAAAUUCAGUGCAUUUCCUCUUGAUAUUAUCUGGGGUUUUUUUGAAAAAACCAUUUCUUUUGUAUGAAAUGUUUUUACUUAUGCGUAAUUUUAUGUACUUUUUCUACCUGGACUUUUAACCAUUGACAAUGUAUGUUUCAUCUGAAUCGUGCAAAGAUUUAUUUAAGUUGAUUCUAACUAUAUAGUUCAGUAAGCCUCAUCGUUUUGGAAUUUGAGAGGAGGUGUAGAUGAUUGGAUAUAUUUCAUUUAUAAAAUUCCCAGUUUUUAGAACUAGUGCAGUUCUUUUGUUUUCUGGGUUUCUUCAUUUUGCCUAAAACAGGAUAUAAAAGGGACAAAAGAAUAAAAUAGCCUCCUUUUGUAUGUGUGAAUUCUGUUUGUAAUAAAUGCUUUUGUAUGA